GAAAAGAGUGGGGCAACACAGUCAAGCGAUAGUCGAACGCGGCAAUGACGCCAGUCACUAGUCUGUAGUCUCUAGUACCACACGACAACCCGUGACCCGCGGAGGUCUCCUGUGUACUCAGCUGUGCCAAGCAGCUGUAGUUCGUGCUCAGCUGUUCAGCUGUAGUCCGUGCAAUGCUCGCCUUCAGCCCGCUUAUAAUCGCUGUGUGCCUUCUAUCUUCCUUGACACUGCUUCAACAAUUGCCGGAAACUAGAUGUACUCCACUGGGUGAAACCGCCCUGAAUCCCGAGAACCCCUACUAUCAUUACUCAAUUGAUAAAGCUGUAGAUCUACCCUACAAAGAUGAGAAUGAAUCAAAGUAUUGGACCCAGAACGCAAUCUCAUCCUUGCAGGAGAAACUUGAGAAAAGUAUUAUAAAAAAGAAAGCGAAAAACGUAAUCCUAUUUUUGGGAGAUGGCAUGUCAGUUCCUACAGUGGCAGCCGCGAGGAUCUACUUGGGACAGCUUGAGAUGAAGGCUGGCGAGAACUCCAGGCUGAGCUUUGAAGAGUUUCCAUUCACUGGCUAUUCAAAGACAUACUGCGUCGACAAACAGGUAGCCGAUUCGGCCUGCACAUCUACAGCCUACACAGGCGGCGUGAAGGCCAACUAUGGCACCCUAGGCGUCACGGCGGCCGUCGCCCGAGGCAACUGCACAGCCAGCCUUGACCCAGCCACACACGUGACGGGCGUCGUGACCUGGGCGCAGACGGCCGGCAAGGCGACCGGCAUCGUGACGACGGCGUCGGUCACCGACGCGUCGCCGGCCGGCGCAUACUCGCACUCGGCCGACCGCGACUGGCAGAGCGACAAGGAUUUGCGCAAGGCUGGUGCGCAGGCGGACGCGUGCAAAGAUAUUGCGCAGCAGCUCGUGCGCAACAAACCGGGAUCUGAGCUCAAGGUUAUCCUUGGCGGGGGUAGGAAAAAGUUCUUGCCGGAGACAGUAAAGGAUAAAUCUGGAGUGAAAGGCGAGCGAUUGGAUGGAGCCAACUUGAUCCAGGAGUGGUUGGAUGACAAGAAAGAAAGAAAAGCUACUGCGAAAUAUUUCGAAGACAGAACUGGACUCCUAGAAUCAAAUACUACUUCAUCCGACUAUAUUAUGGGUUUAUUCCGUCCUGAGCACAUGAACUACUAUCUGGAGCCUGCCGCAGCAGGUCAGCCAACUUUGGAGGAGAUGACUCGAGUGGCCAUCGAAAGACUUCAACGAGAACCAAACGGUUACUACCUAUUUGUUGAAGGAGCUCUCAUUGACAAAGCUCAUCACCAGAACUGGGCUCAGCGCGCUCUAGCGGAGACUGUCGAGUUUGCCAAAGCAAUCAAGCUGGCAGAAUCAAUGACUAAUAAGGAAGACACCCUGAUAGUGGUGACAGCAGAUCACGCUCAUACCAUGUCCUUCAGUGGAUAUCCUCGUCGAGGGAAUAACAUUCUCAGCACAACCCCUGACCACGACAUGAAGUACAGCUACUCGACACUCGGCUACAUGAAUGGUCCCAGUGCUAAAAGUUUCCAAGACGCACAAAAUCAUCAUUUUGAAAAUGACAAUAUGAUGCACCACGACUACAGGUUCCCGUCUCUGUUCCAACUGGAGGACGAGACGCACGGGGGCGACGAUGUGGCCGUGUACGCCAGAGGUCCCUGGUCGCAUCUAUUCGUGGGAACUUACGAACAACACCUCAUCCCCCACAUGAUGGCUUUUGCCGCCAAAAUUGGAGCAGCUGGAGCCGUUGGGUCCUCCGCCACUUUCACCCCGUCCGCUGUCCUUCUUACAAUCUCCACCUUGCUUCUAUCGUUAAGAAUAUUGUUUGACCCAAGAACAGUUGCUGAAAUGUCGCUACUCUUUCGUUUUUUAUUACAUCUGUUCUUAUGUUGUUCAUUAUGCAGUUCUCUGAAAAUUCCAAAUCAACCAGAGGAAGAUGCUGCUUAUGUCGAGGUUGAUGAUGAGUUAGAUGAUCCACAUCAUUUCCCCAUCGAUUCUGAUCAAUUAUCUCAUCCAAAAGCUUUCCAACCCAGCACGGAUCGUGAGGAAAAAGGUCAGAGCUUCUGGCUGAAUAAUGGACGAAAAAUUAUUGAAGAGAGGCUGAAGGGGACAGAAAAUCGAAAUGUUGCAAAAAAUAUAAUUUUGUUCAUCGGAGAUGGAAUGUCGGUACCAACAUUGGUCGCUGCCCGGAUACUCAAGGGUCAAAGGCUUAAGAAGUCUGGUGAAGAAACAUCUCUAGGAUUCGAGAAGUUCCCAUACGUCGGACUGUCAAAGACCUACUGCGUCGACUCGCAAGUUGCCGACUCUGCCUGUAGCGCGACCGCCUACCUGAACGGCGUGAAGGCGAACAUAGCCACGGCCGGCGUGACCGCCAACGUGGCCAGGGGUGACUGCGAGGCGAUGUCCAACCCUGCCCACCACACCUCGUCACUCGCCGCCUGGGCCCAGCUCAGAGGCAAGGCCACUGGACUCGUGACAACCACUCGUGUGACACAUGCCUCGCCAUCCGGCGUCUACGCGCACACGGCACAUCGCAACUGGGAGUAUGACGGCGCCAUACGUGCAGCCAACGCUGAUCCCAGCAAAUGCUCCGAUAUCGCCAAACAGCUGGUGUACAAUUCGCCCGGGAAUAACUUGAAGGUGAUCAUGGGCGGAGGAAGAUUUACAUUUCUGCCAAAGAAUAUGAGUGAUCCUGAAUAUCCUCAAAAGAAAGGAAAGAGGGAGGACAACAUCAAUCUCAUUGCUUCAUGGCUGGAAAGCAAAGCAAAGAAAAAUGCAUCUGCCAAGUUUAUCUGGAAUAGGGACGACCUGCUUGAGACUUCGAAAGCACUCCCUGAAUACUUGUUAGGUCUUUUUGAACCAAGUCACAUGAAAUACCAUCUCCUAGCUGACGAGAAAACGGAGCCAACUCUGAAGGAAAUGGUUGAAGUCGCUAUCAAUUCAUUGAAACGUAACUCUAAAGGAUUCUUUUUGUUUGUCGAGGGAGGAAAGAUUGAUCUGGCUCAUCAUGAUAGCUAUGCUCAAAUCGCACUGGAUGAAACCAUCGAAUUUGAUGAGGCUAUUAUGAAAGCAGUAGAGAUGACAGACGAGAAGGACACGUUAAUAGUGGUGACAGCUGACCACGCCCACACGAUGUCAGUGAGUGGUUAUCCAGUUCGAGGAAGUGACAUCUUUACGAAUCUUGAACCGGCCACCGACAAUCUCACCUACUCAACGAUCAGCUAUGCUAAUGGGCCCGGAUACAAGCAGAACUUGACUACACCUCAAACGAGAUAUGAUCUGAGUAAAGAUAAGCGUGAUGACGUGCUGUACCGAUUCCCAGCCACGGUUCCGCUUGAGUAUGAGACACAUGGUGGAGACGACGUGGCUGUAUUCAGCCGGGGUCCCUGGGCUCACCUGUUAACUGGAAACUACGAGCAGAACUACAUCCCACUGGUGAUGGGAUUUGCAGCCAAGAUUGGUCCUACUGGUGACAUCGCUCACCCGAGUUCCAGCAGUAUCACACAUAAAUCGUCAUUCCAACUGGUUUCCCUGUUUGUGAUUCUCAGCUUAGCAAAGCAUUUCUGGAGUGACUGAUUAG